AUGGGAAAGCGAAUUAGAGAUAAUAAAGAGGUUGGAAUGUCUAAUGGAAUCAAUUGCCAUCAUACUCAUCCAGGAAGAGUAUGGGGAAUUCUUCAUAUUAUAAAGUAUCAUCAUUGGCGUCAUGUCAAGAGAAGGAUUACACCUAGAAGGUGUAGUGGUGGAAGUCAUGAUGCAAGGGAUGAAUUUCCAGGUACUUCUAAUGAUUCUGAGGUUGAUAAUGUGGCAGAUCCAAAUACAGCUUUAUCCAAUGUUGAAGAAAAUAAGCUGGUACACUCCACUCCACAUACCAAACAAUCUAUAAAAUCAAGACUAAAAUCACUUCUACAUGAAGAUAUAUACAAAAAGAAAGGUAGACAUAAGAGAAGUUCAACCUGUCCUGCAAAGCCGUCGCAGUCGCAGCUAACUCGCGUUGAUUCCGUUCAUCACCUAGAGGUUGAUCCACUAAGUGAAAUGUUGUUAACUGUUGAAAAUCCAGAACCAGUUAUAGAAACUUUUCAAAACCAUCUUGCUUCAGGAACAUUAGAAGUUUUGUCACCAGUUUUCUCAGGUAGCAAUAAAUCAAUCAAUAGCAAUAACACUAACAAUGAUAAAUGUGUGGAAUGUGGUGCAAUGUUUUCUAGUGAGCCUUUGGAAAAUCAUGAUGAUAAGAUUCAUCAUAAGCAUCAUAAUAUAUCGAUAGGUGAUGGUUUGCCGGAAGAUAAAUUGAUGAAUGCGAAAAUAUUUACAACCGAUGCUUCACCACAUCUUUUCAAGGAUUUUCUUGAUGCUUUAGAAGUAAUCAAUACAAACAAAGACUUUCUAAUGAAAUAUAUCAAUGAUCCUGGAUCUCCUUUGCCGUUCGAAAUUCAUACUCAACAACAGUCUCCUAAUUUUCAACCAAGACGCGCCAAUUCAAUUUCGUUACCUGUUUAUGGAUCAUCCUCAGGAACCAAAGAUUCUGAGCACAUGGUAGAUAAAUUGGGGAAGAUACAAUCACAAAUUCAAAAUUUAGGAGAUUUAAACAAACCAUCAACUUCUUCUUCACAUAAAGUUGAUGAGGUACACAAUUCAGAUCAAGAAUCGGUUGAACGAGAUUGUAAAAAAAAUUCAACAGAUUUGUCACAGGUUCAAAAUCAAGUGAAGCCUAGGAACUUCAUGGAUCUUAGAAAGAAGAUAAAGCAUAUAAUUGAAGAAAGCAAAAAUGAAAAGCGUCGCAUUACGAUGGAUGCUAUAGUAGAUAAAAUUCCUGGCGGAAAUAGGUUUUCGGAAAAUGUAAGGAAUGGUUAUUAUGGUAAUCGUCUUUCUAAGUCUUGCUCGAAAAAUAAGAGUCAGUUAUCGAGUAUGAGGACUUCAUCUCUAAAAGAAUCGGUUGAUCGAUAUUCUCAGCUUUAUGACACUUGUUUUCAACAUGAAGCAGCAGCUAGCAAUAAUGAAGUUAAGUAUCCUAAAACUGAGAGCUUAAAAUUGAAAACAGAAGAGAAAAGUUCGAUAUUAAAGACACCGAAAUCCUUUCAAAGGUUUCUCUCAUUACCUAAUCUAAAAUCUCAACUCAAUCAAAGUGGCGAAUCUUCUUUGCAAUCAUCUCCUAAGAAUUUAAUUAGAAAAUCUGAAGACAGAACAAUAAGCAGUGAAGAACCUUCUAUGCAAUCAUCUCCUCAGAAUUCAAUGAGAAAAACUGAAGACAGAACCAUAAACACAAAUGAUGAUUUUUCGAAGAGUCAAAUUCUGUCACCUACACUUUCUGAUCAUACAAAUGAAGAAAGCACUGUGAAUGAUGAACAAAAACAAGAUCAUGUUAAGAGUGGUUCAGAAUCAGAAUCAGAAUCAGAAUCAGAAGCCGGAUCAAAUGUUAAUGAUGAGAUAAAGUCAGAUAAGAGUAUAGUAUUUGAUGGUUUAGGAACCUUGAGAGGAAGUGAAAGUGCUGCUAGCAUUGGAUCUAAUGCUAUGUUGGUUGAAGCAAACUCAACUUUUUCUUCUGAAGCCAGCUUCUUAGAUUGUACAUUUGAGUUGGAAAACUUAAAUGGAUUGGAAGAUCAAGAAUUAAAGCCAGUGCCAGCUGAUGUUGAAUUGAAUAACAUAUUUGAGCAACAAGAGGCUAAAGAUGAAAAUUUUCUGAAAUUUGGAUAUGAAAUUCCAAGCAUGGAAAUUGAUACAAAUAAUGAAGCUGCAUAUAAUUAUGUAAAAAAAGUUUUAGAACUCUCAGGCUUCACCAGCAAUGAAUCUCUUGGAACAUGGUAUUCAGAUAAUCAACCACUUGAUCCAUCAGUUUAUGAAGAAUUAGAAGGAUGUUUACUUCUUGAUCCUGAUUGUUCUGGUAAUUGUGAUGAAGGUGGACAAUGCAAUCAUCUUCUUCUAUUUGAUAUAAUCAAUGAAGGAUUAUUAGAGAUUUUUGGAAGAUCAUAUAAUUAUUACCCUAGGCCUUUAUCUUCACUAUCUUAUGUUCAUCCAUUGCCAAAUGGAGGAGAUAAUGUUUUGCAUAAAGUAUGGAAACUUAUUAGUUGGUAUCUUAAUUCAGCUCCUAAAGAGGCUUAUGCUUAUACAUCAUUGGAUUACUAUGUUGGUAAAGAUUUAGCAAAAAAUGAUGGAUGGAUGAAUCUUCAAUUUGAUUCUGAAUGUGUUGGGCUUGAGAUUGAUGAUUUGAUUUUUGAUGAUCUCUUGGAGGAAAUUAUCUACACUUAA